UACACAGAUGAUCAUGGGGAGAUGGGAAAUAAUAGUUAGCCAGCAAAAACUGCUGUUAAUUAAAUAAUUUAGUGACAGUUAGAAAGGCAAGCUACCGGACGCCACCAUGGCCAAUAUCACCAAGAAAGUGUCGUGGUCCAGCCGAGCCGACGAGUCCGGGCCAGCCGGGGAGGGGACACCGCUGCUCAACGGCUCCGAGCAGCCUAGACUCUCCAGACAGCCAUCUGAAGGAGGCAGUAUAUUUCAGAUAGGCAGACUCAGCACGGUGGAUUUGGAAGAGGAGAUAACAUCAGAUGAGGACUCCCUAAGAGGGCGGCCCAAAGAGAUCCCUCACAAUGAGAAGCUACUGUCACUUAAAUAUGAGAGUCUGGACUAUGAUAACAUUGAAAAUCAGCUGUUUCUUGAGGAGGAGAGGAGGAUGAGUUACAUGGGCUUCCGCUGUCUGGAGAUCAGUCGCUGGGUGGUCUGUGGUCUAAUCGGCUUUCUGACCGGCCUCAUCGCCUGUUUCAUAGACAUCGCAGUGGAGGAGCUGGCCGGGUUCAAAUACCAAGUGGUCAAAGAGAACAUAGAGAAGUUUACAGAGGUGGGCGGCCUGUCUAUCUCUCUCCUCCUUUGGGCUGUUCUCAACUCUGCCAUUGUCAUGGGGGGCGCCAUCAUAGUUGCAUUUUUUGAGCCCAUAGCGGCAGGAAGUGGUAUCCCUCAGAUAAAAUGUUACCUGAAUGGUGUCAAGGUUCCCAGGGUGGUACGACUCAAGACACUAAUGGUGAAAGUGUGUGGCGUUAUCUGUUCAGUGGUCGGCGGUCUUGCUGUCGGAAAGGAAGGGCCCAUGAUUCACUCUGGUGCUGUUGUAGCUGCAGGUGUCUCCCAGGGCAGGAGUACCUCUUUAAAGAGAGAUUUCAAGAUCUUUGAAUACUUCCGGAGAGACACAGAGAAAAGGGACUUUGUUUCUGCCGGAGCUGCUGCCGGAGUUUCAGCUGCUUUUGGAGCGCCAGUCGGUGGCGUUCUGUUCUCUCUGGAGGAGGGAGCUUCUUUCUGGAACCAGAUGCUGACGUGGAGGAUAUUCUUUGCCUCCAUGAUCUCCACUUUCACCCUGAACUUCUUCCUCAGUAUCUAUCACAAUAAUCCCGGAGACCUUUCAAACCCAGGUCUCAUCAACUUUGGACGCUUUCAGAGUGAUAGUGUGGCCUAUAACCUCUACGAGAUUCCCUUGUUCAUUGCUAUGGGAGCUAUAGGUGGAUUGCUGGGAGCUCUGUUCAAUGUUCUUAACUACUGGCUGACCAUCUUCAGGAUCAGGUACGUCCAUCGCCCUUGUUUGCAAGUCAUGGAGGCCAUGUUGGUUGCUGCAGUGACGGCAACGGUGUCAUUCACCAUGAUCUACUUCUCCAAUGACUGUCAGCCUCUGGGGCCAGAGCACACUGAGGAGUAUCCACUGCAGUUGUUCUGUGCAGAUGGAGAGUAUAACUCCAUGGCAACAGCCUUCUUCAACACUCCUGAGAGAAGUGUCCGCAGUCUCUUCCACAACCAGCCAGGAAGCUACAAUCCUCUGACCCUGGGCUUGUUCACUCUGACCUAUUUCUUCUUGGCGUGUUGGACCUACGGCCUGGCGGUGUCUGCUGGAGUUUUCAUCCCGUCUUUGCUAAUUGGAGCAGCCUGGGGGAGAUUGUGUGGUAUACUGCUAGCCUCCAUCACCUCUUUCUCGAUUUGGGCUGACCCUGGUAAAUAUGCCUUGAUUGGAGCUGCAGCUCAGUUAGGUGGCAUUGUGAGGAUGACUCUCAGUCUGACUGUCAUCAUGGUGGAGGCUACAGGAAAUGUCACAUACGGCUUUCCCAUCAUGCUCGUCCUCAUCACUGCCAAGAUAGUAGGAGACUACUUUGUAGAAGGUCUGUAUGACAUCCACAUUAAGCUGCAGAGUGUUCCCUUCCUACACUGGGAGGCUCCUGCCACCUCCCACUGGCUGACUGCCAGAGAGGUGAUGAGUUCUCCAGUCACCUGUUUAAACAGGAUAGAGAAGGUGGGAACCAUUGUGGACACCCUUAGCAACACAUCCACCAAUCACAACGGCUUUCCUGUCGUCGUGCAGGUUUCUGGGAGUGAUGAGCCAGCAAAACUCUGUGGGCUCAUCCUCCGCUCUCAACUCAUUGUUCUUCUCAAGCACAAGGUUUUUGUGGAGUUGGCCCGGUCCCGGCUGACCCACAGGAAGCUGCAGUUGAAAGACUUCAGGGACGCCUAUCCCCGCUUCCCCCCAAUCCAGAGCAUCCACGUCUCCCAGGAUGAGAGGGAGUGUAUGAUGGACCUCACUGAGUUCAUGAACGCAACACCUUACACAGUACCACAGGAAACAUCUCUUCCUCGUGUGUUUAAGCUAUUCAGAGCUCUGGGACUCAGACACCUGGUGGUAGCGGAUGAUGAGAACAGGGUGGUUGGACUGGUGACCAGGAAAGACUUGGCCAGAUAUCACCUGGGCAAACAUGGACUGGAGGAACUUCAGCUGGCCCAGACAUAGUACACACACACACACACACACACACACACACACACACACACACACACACACACAUAUGAACUGUGACCACCUGAUGCCUCAUAAAGCUGUUGACCACCAGCUAUGCAGCCCAAAAGGAUACUAUUGAGGGCGAAGAGAUCACUUUUAUUUUUUGAUGCCAAAAUGGUCACCAAGACAACACACGGCAACCCCCUCCCCAUUUACAAGCCUGGGAUAUUAAGAAAAAGUCACAUUUAAAUGUCUUAACUGCUCCUGGUGUAAAAAUGAUUUACAGUCACAGGAUCUGAGCGCUGGUUUUAUCCAAGACCUCCGUUAUUAGUAUCAGUUUCUUUUUGGCGGCUGCUGUGCUGAGGCAUCAAAUGACAGUUUAGCACAGGACUGUUAGAAAAAUGAUUGGAGUUUCAUAUGUUUUCAUAGACCUCAUUCAAGACAUUUUAUGAAUGGGGUAAAAUGAAUUGAAUCGAUAAAAAUAAAAUGAACCAUAAUAAUAAAUAAUAAAAAUGAAUGGUAAUAAUGAUACAUUUGAGGAACCCAGGUGAGAAAAGUCAGUUUGAUCUGUGUUAACUGGAAAACAGAAAAUCUUUUCCUUUGUUUUGUUCAUAAAAGCAUCAGCACACGUCUCUCUGUCUGUUCUUACUCAAUGUCACACAAACACUAGCUUGUUAGUUCCCUUAUGAAGUAAUGUGAUAAUGCAGUGAUACAUUAUUAAUCAUUGGAUCCAUCAAUUCAUUCCCUAUAUGGAAACACUGAUUAAUUAUAUUUUUAAAUAAUUCAGGUGGAUGCAUUUUAUGUCUUGCUAUUGAACUGGACAACAAGACAUUUAAACUGGUUUGUGGUGAAAACGAUUUGAAGUUGAGUGAGUGUUCGUGUUCAGGAGUCAGAAAUUCACAAUUCAUUUUAAGGUUUUCUUUGGCAAUGUUUGCAAAUUUAGUAUUUUCCAAUUUUUUGUGUAGUUUUGCACUGAAAGAAUGUUAUUUAUUGUUGAUGUUGACUACUUUUUUUUUUUAGUUUUAAGUUUAUGGUUUGCAAAGAAAGUCUGUGUUUCACAUCACAUAACAAGAUUCAAGAAAGGAGAGGAGACAUGAUGGUCACCUGAUUGUUUGACAUUUGUCUGAUUUGGGCACAAGAUGCAGUUUGAGGAAGUUUGAGCAAGAGACAGAUGUGUCAGUACUUGUAGAUACAGAUCCUCCUUCCUCUUCGUCUUUCUACAGUGGGGUCCAAAAGUGAGAGACCACUCCCCCAUUCAAGUGAAUGGGAAAGUGGUUUACCAAGGAUUGUCCCCUGUGAAGCUCUGUGUGAAUGUAAAACUUUGUUUACCAUGCAUCUGCUCUUUGAACUAAUCAAUUUAUCCUUGCAUUACGCAGCCAGGCUACCGCACAAAAUACAAAUAUUCUGAUUUAUAAUUAUUUUAUUAUUAUUUGUAAAUUAACACUUCUUCAAUUACCAGUGUUAAUUGUUUACGUUGUGCACUUCAUUGUUUCUACACUUUGAUUUGGUCUCCUUUGUGGUCUUUGUUGAAAAGUUAAAAUGUUAAAAUAUUGACUAUGCUCUAUUUUAUAACCACUGGAUGAGCCUUUUGUGAAUUAAUAAAGUUGAAAUUUAUCUAUUGUAA